UUUUGAAAAAAUGACCAAGCCACUUCCGGUUAUUUGUCGCUUUGGACAAGCUGUUUAGAGGAAGGAGGCUCAACCCGAUCAUUUCGACGCUUUAACGUGAAAAAAUGGGGGCCUGUAUGGCUUUGUGUUCCUUGGCCAGCUGUGCCUCCUGUCUGUGUGGCUCAGCACCAUGCCUUCUGUGUGGUUGCUGUCCAUCCUCCAAUAACUCCACAGUGACACGGCUGGUCUUCUCUUUCUUUCUGCUUCUGGGAACUAUGGUUUCCGUCAUCAUGAUCCUGCCUGGAAUGGAAACACAACUCCGCAAAAUCCCAGGAUUUUGCCAGGGAGGAACGACCAUAUUUGGUAUUGAAAACCAGGUCAAGUGUGAGGUCAUUGUGGGCUUCAAGUCUGUAUAUCGCAUGUGCUUUGCCAUGACCUGCUUCUUCUUUCUGUUCGCGGUCAUAAUGAUUCGUGUCCGGAACAGCAGAGACCCUCGAGCAGUGAUUCAGAAUGGAUUCUGGUUCUUUAAAUUUCUGAUCCUGGUUGGGAUCACAGUGGGAGCAUUUUUCAUCCCGGAUGGAACAUUUCAUACUGUGUGGUUUUACUUCGGAGUGGUAGGAUCCUUCAUUUUCAUUUUGAUUCAGCUUAUUCUUCUGAUUGACUUCGCCCACUCGUGGAAUAAGAUCUGGGUUGGAAAUGCUGCGGAAACCCAGAACAAAUGCUGGUUUGCAGGGCUCCUGUUUUUCACUGUCCUCCACUUUGUGCUGGCCUUCACUGCUGUGGUGCUUUUCUACAUUUACUACACACAGCCAGACGACUGCACCGAGCACAAAGUCUUCAUCAGCCUCAACCUCAUCUUCUGCAUCAUAAUUUCGGUUGUGUCCAUCUUACCAAAGAUACAGGAAGCUCAGCCACACUCUGGUCUCCUUCAGGCGUCCCUCAUUUCCCUUUACACCAUGUAUGUCACGUGGUCUGCAAUGACCAACAAUCCAAAUCGGAAAUGUAACCCGAGCUUGUUGAGUCUAGUCUCGCACGUCAACACCACCCAACCGUCUGUUAACACAGACUUGGGGCAUGUGCAGUGGUGGGACGCUCAAGGCAUCGUUGGUUUGGUCAUCUUCCUCUUCUGUACUCUCUAUGCCAGUAUCCGCUCAUCCAGCAAUGCUCAGGUGAACAAGCUGAUGCAGACAGAGGAGUGCACAGGGUCCGGUGGAGAGGGAGUCGUGGGGGAGGACGGCGUGCGCAGGGCCGUGGACAACGAGGAGGAGAAAGUCACUUACAGCUACUCCUUUUUCCACUUCCACCUCUGCCUGGCCUCGCUCUACAUCAUGAUGACGCUGACCAACUGGUACCAACCAGACACCACCACCCAGGCCAUGCAGAGCACUAUGCCAGCUGUGUGGGUGAAGAUGUGCUCUAGCUGGCUGGGCCUCGGGCUCUACCUCUGGACCCUCCUUGCCCCUCUUAUCUUCCCUGACAGGGAUUUCAGCUAAGCACUCAAUGUCCUGCAGAUGUUUGUCCAUUUUUUUUCCUCCUUGCAUAUCUGACAGGUUAAAUCUUGCUAUAAAGGGAUCUAAAAGUGUGGUAUGAAGACUUUGAAAUAUCUUCUUUAACUUUUUUUUUUUAUUACAUUAGCUGUCACUUAUUUGUGCUGCGUCCUUUAAAGGCUCCUUCCUGCUAGUAGUAAUCAUGACAGAAGUGUGAAAGUUUACCCUGAUUGUUUUAACUUCAGUAAUGAUUUCAGCACUUUCUGUUUUUGUUUUGCUGUUAUUGGCUACCCUCUUUUCUUCUGUGUUAUUUUUAUGUUGAAUUUUAGUUCAUGAACACUCAGCAACAAGACACUUUUAGUACCUCAGACACUUAUAGAUUCUCUAUUAAUUAGCCUCUCUGAUCAGACAUCUGUGAUUGGCCAGCUCUGGAAAUCCUCUGACUUUCAGUACUCCCUCACCGCAGAGGGUGAAAUUAAGGGGAGCCCUUCUCAGGAGCCCCACAGUGAGGUGAGUGUGAGAGUUAGAUAAGACUAAUAAGACACGCCCUGCAGAUCAUAACAGGGCUUCCCUGAUGCUGCUCAGCUGCACACAGAGCCACGUCACUUCAUCUUAAGCUGCUAAAAGAGCGCUGGUCCAAUCUUAGCUCUUCCUCAUCUGCUCUAAUUUGAGACGGUUUAUUCCCGGUGCUAAGCUGUUUCCCCCGUCUGAUGCCGCUCAGGCUCGGACCUUUUUAUUGCAGUCUGUUGCAGCUGGGAAACCUUUUAUUGAUCCACAGCUAAUCAGCAUGCAGUGUACAGAGCUAAGGUCCCAAAAGCUGCAGCAUUAACUCGCCACUACUUGUGUUUUUAUAAAUGCCAUAUGUUAGCCAAGACAGUUGAGCAAAGAAAACAAAAAGGCGUUUUAAAUGUUAUGUGCAAACAGAAGUUAUGCAUUUCAGAAAUGAUGGAAUUGCUGUUAAACUGUAUUGACUUUCAUAUUGAUCUGAUGGUUGUAAUGCUGGUACGAUACUUAUGCAUUAUGUAGUUACCUCAUUUAUAAUGUGAUUGAAAUGAGAAUACAAUCAGUAUAUUUUGCACUUGUCAAAGCAGUUUUCAUUUUAGGCCUAAAAAUGCUAUUUGUUUUUUUAUCUUUUAAAAAAAAUGUCAUCAUAAAUUAAUGAAAUAUGUUGCAAUGGCUCCAUUUGUGUAUUAUGAAACAAGUGAUGAUCUUUAUUCUCUUCUAUAGUUUUCCAUUUCAUCCCUUUAAGGGUGUUAUUUAGGAGAAUUUGCAGUUUUUGAUUCAUACAUCGUGUUUUCUAACACUAUUAAGUGCCUUUUUGUAGUCCUGUAUUUCAGAAGGAAAGAAGGUGCUUAUAUGCCUGGUCUGUCAUGUGAUUUCAAACUGUAUUUAAUGCAUUCAAAAUCACAUCUAAUAAAGGUUCAAUUUUC